AACGCAUGCCUGUCACCUUUUUAUUCGUAUUGUUGAAAUCGUAUGAAACACUCUAUAAUUGUUAAAAUCAUAGGCAAAAUGUUAAUCAAAACGUUCGGACUUAUUUUAUUUUUCUCAUCGUCUCAAUCCGAAAGCCUUUUUAGGCCAAACUUGCCUCUGGGCGAAUAUCGCCUGGUGAUUGAUAAAGUAUAUCCGUGUGAAACAACCAAAAACCAUCCGAUUCAAGGCAAUUGGUAUUUAAGUAAAAAGACAUCAAGUAUAACAGAGUUAAAAGGAAAUACGACAUUUUCGAUACCUUUCGAUGAUACGAUUACACUCAAUUAUAACCUUGCGUCUUGGGGCUCAACUGGUGGAUGGGUGCCAAAUUCAUAUAUUCUCAAUACAAAAAAGGCAUGCAGUACUGUAAAAUAUCUCGGUGGAACUGCGUGGUUUAACUUUAUGGAGGGUUUCAACAUGUCAACUGAUAAAUGUCCAAUUCCAGUGGGCACAUAUAUUACGUCAGGAAUCGAUAUGAAGAAACUUGAAGAUAUGAACUUUCCCAAAACAUAUUUUUAUGGAAAAUAUAAAACUGUGUGUCGCUUAAAAAAUUUGAAAAAUGAAGCAGUUGGCUGCGUUGUUGUUGAAUUUAGUCUCAUACGUCCUUGGGAAACACCAAUUUGA